AUGAUAACAUCCAGUCGUUCAGACGGAUCAGAAGAUGAGGUUGAAAGGAGGCCGACGAGUGCGUCGUCUGAGAGUGAAUUGUCCCAUUCACCGCAGACACAGGGGUGGAUCCUGGUGAAGAACGAGGCUGGUAAAACUACUGAAACCAUCGAGGUGGAACUCGACCAAGUGACGCUGCGCGCUCACCGGAGUUCUGCGCUGGCGCGCUGUGCUGAAGCCCUCGCGCUGGUUAUACGCGAUGUGGCCCAUGUUACACCGCACAACUGCCGCGCAGCUGUCAGAGCAGUUAGACUAUUGGCUAGAGCUACACUACAUUCAGGCAAAUCGAACAAGAUUCGCGCCGGACACAAAUCUGGACGUGGACGGACGGAGUCAAGCGACGAAGACGACACGCUCGACAGCUAUCACAUGGUCAGCAUUCAGUUGCUAGAUUUAAUGCAUACUCUACACAGUCGGACGGCUCAAAUAUUUAAAUGGUGGCGAGACGAAGCCGAUCAGGGACAAGGCGCCGAAGAAUAUGAUCUAUGGGAGGUGGCCUGGAAGCCGCUGUUGCAAGGUAUCGCUGAAUUUUGCACCGAUAGAAGGAAACAGGUGUCGAAUAGCGCUAUAGCUUAUCUGCAGCGUGCCCUUCUGGCGCCGGCUCUGGCGUCGCUCGGCGGUGCCGGUUGGGAGGCGUGUUUCUCUCAUGUGUUGCUGCCCUUGUUGAACCAGCCUCCGCCUAGACAUGAAACGGCCGCCAGAGCCAACACGCUUAUGUGCAAGGUCUUCCUUCAACACUUACAAGCUCUAAGCGGAAGAGCUACCUUCGCAUCUCUUUGGACGAAGAUCGUUCGCGUCCAACAGUCUUUGCUGCAGUCCUCCGCAGAGCCACUGCGGGAGGGUGCUUUGGAGUCCCUUAAGAACAUGCUUCUAGUUAUGCACUCCGUGAAGAUAUUCAGCAACGGCGACGGUUAUAACGACCUCUGGUACCUGACGUGGGAUAUCAUCGGCGAGUUUCUGCCUAACUUGAAACAGGAAUUAUUCCCAGACGUGGACGACAACACCAAGCCAACGCACAAUCUACCUAGCCACAUGCAGCCUGCCAUACCUCAUUCGCUUCCUACCCUCAUUCCAGUCGGAUCCAACAGUAUGCCCAAUAAUCCUUAUAAUGCCAAUGUCCCCCAAAAUUCCUCACACCCUACUGCCAACGCACCCGCUUUUGCGAUACCACAACCUUUACCAACACCCAACAUCAUAAGCCAUCAAAUUCAAUCCAGCCCCGUUCACAUCCAACGUCAAACACCAAAUAUCCUAGUUGGUUCAGUGGCCAGUUCACCUAUAAAUUUACCACUAACGCCACCUACCGGACCGACUCUGAUAGCACCAAUCCCAGUGCCGGGUACGGUGCAACAAGUCGCCCCACAAAUGAACCAAGUUCCACAGACUAACCAACAAGUACACCAGACUAAUGACGAACAUCAUACAGAGACAGUACAAAAUGUCGGAUGUAGAGUAGUCUCACCCACUCUAGGACCACCCGUUAGUGGUAUGGUGUCUUUUCGGAAUCCGCUAUACGAGCAGUCGAGUUUGACGUCAUCAGUCUUACUACAGCCUUUAAACGAGAUGAUUUCAACGCCCAUCGGGAUAUCGAUACAGUCACAGCCAAGCCAGCCAACGAGUCAGUUAAUUAGCCCACCUCUUAACCAAUCUACGGACCUUAUCGCAUCUUCACGAAGCCAAGAAGAUAGUGAGCCCACACACACACAAGUACAACAAACUGAAAUCUUUGCUGAAUAUCUAACGAACCCCUACCAUGACGUCACGAUAUCAACCAAGGAAGCAACCUUAUAUGAGCCCGAAAACGAAAGCGUCUUAAGCCAAAAAUCCUUCAGUGCAAACGUCACUCCGUUGCGCAGCAAUAAGGCUCAAUUUGGCUCAACGGAUAACGUGAGGGAGUCGGGAAUUUUUAAUUUUGCUAGUUAUUUCAGCUCAGGCAUGGGGUCGGAGUUUGAUACGCUAAUGUCGACGCAAGAAGGAUAG